GAUGACGCCAUUUCAGAGUGUUGUACAACCAGCGUGUAGAGAUACCAUAAUAUCUGACGGCCUGAAAUCACCAUUAAAAGAAUUGAUGUUGAGCUGCCUCUAAAAUGAGUGUAUAUGAGGAUAGAAGGAAAGAGGACACUGCCUCUAAAAAGCAUCUCUGUGAUGGGAUGGAGGAGGGGGAUGCUUCCUAUAAAAGGAGUCUCAUUGAUGAGGGAGGUGAGGGGGAUUCUGUUCGGACCCAGAGAGCAGCAUCUCCAGAACCCAGCUGUGUGUCUAUGAAGAGUUCCGAAUCUAUAAUUCAGCACCCUAACCUCAGUGAUGGAAUGGAGACCUUUGAUCCCAGUGUGAAGUCCUGUCUGACCUGCAAGGCCUUCUUCUGCCAGAGCCACAUCAAGCAGCAUGACACAGGCCUGCAGACACACUCAUGGCUGAAAGAGGCUGGAGAUCUGCAGCAGAAUUUUCACCAAGCAAUGCAUGAUGUCCUGCAGAAGGUCAAAGACCAACACAAAACCGGCAUGAAAAAGAAGUAUGAGAGCUUAUCUGAGGGAAUCAAACUACAAGAGAAACCAAUCCUCCUGAGCAGAAUCUACACACAGCUUUAUAUCAUAGAUGGCGAGAGUGAAGUGGUGAAUGAAAAACAUGAGGUUUUACAGAUGGAGAAAACACCUAGGACACAAGACACUCAAAUCUGCUGCAAUGACAUCUUUAAACCCUUACAUCAACCAGGACACAUGGAGAAAGACAAAAUCAAGACUGUUCUUACUAAAGGCAUCGCUGGAAUUGGAAAAACUGUCACUGUGCAGAAGUUCAUUCUGGACUGGACUGAGGGAAAAGCCAAUCAGGAUGUAGAUUUUAUGUUUGUUCUUCCAUUUCGUGAGCUGUACUUGAUUAAAGAUCGUCAGUAUAGUCUUCACAGACUUGUGCUGGACUUUCAUCCCGAACUUCAAGAUCUGGACUCAAAGAUUUAUGAGGAGUAUAAAAUUGUGUUCAUCUUUGAUGGUCUGGAUGAAAGCAGAAUCGCACUGAUGUUUUCAAACACUCAGAAAGUUUGUGAUGUGACCGAGUCUUCAUCAGUGGAUGUGCUGAUGACAAACCUCUUCAGAGGAGAGCUGCUUCCCUCUGCGCAAAUCUGGAUUACCUCCAGACCAGCAGCAGCCAGUCAGAUUCCCUCAAGAUACAUCAACCGUGUGACAGAAAUUCAGGGAUUCAAUGAACCUCAGAAGGAGGAAUAUUUCAGGAAGAGAAUCAGUGAUCAACAGCAAGCCAGCAGAAUCAUCUCACACAUUAAAAUUGUAAAAAGCCUUCACAUCAUGUGCCACAUUCCCGUCUUCUGCUGGAUCUCAGCCACUGUGCUUCAGAACACCCUGAAACAAGACCACAGGACAGAAAUCCCUGAAACUCUGACUGAAAUGUACAUCCACUUCUUGCUCACUCAGAUCAACAUGAGGAAUCAAAAGUAUGAUGAGAGAAAUCCAAAAAAACUCCUGCAGUCCAACAGAGAAGUGAUUGUGAAACUUGCUGAACUGGCUUUCAGACAGCUAAUGAAGGGUAAUGUGUUGUUCUAUGAGGAGGACCUGAGAGAGAGUGGCAUAGACGUCACUGACGCCUCAGUGUAUUCUGGGAUUUGCACUGAGAUCUUUAAGGAGGAAUCUGUGAUACAUCAGAGGAAAGUCUACUGCUUCAUUCAUCUGAGCUUUCAAGAGUUUCUGGCAGCUUUUUAUGUGUUUUAUUCAUACUUAGUUAUGGACAUGCAAUUACUGCAUUUGUUUCUCUAUGGAGAACACAAGGUAUAUAGGUUUAAGAUAAUUUCCCUGUGUGAUCUGCUAAAAGUAGCAGUUGAUAAAACACUACAAAUUGAAAAUGGACAUCUGGAUCUUUUCAUUCGAUUUCUGCUGGGCAUCUCGCUGGAGUCCAACCAGAGACUCAUGCAGGGUCUACUGACACACACAGAGGACAGUUCAGAGACCAUCAAAGAAACUACACAGUACAUUAAAAGCAAAAUCAAGGCUGAGGGGUGUUUCUCAGCUGACAGAUCCAUCAAUUUGUUCUUAUGUCUGCUGGAAGUGAAUGAUCAGACUUUCCUGAGAGACAUUCAGGAGUUUCUGAAAUCUGUGAAAUACUCACAAAAUAAACUCUCCCCUGCUCACUGCUCAACAAUAGCCUACGUGCUUCAAAUAUCAGAGGAGGUAGUGGAUACCCUGGAUUUUAUGCAAUAUAACACAUCAGAUGAGGGUAGAAGGAGACUGAUACCAGCUGUGAUGAAGUGCAGAAAAGCUCUACUUUCUGGCUAUAGUCUAACUGCUGCAUGCUAUAAAAGUGUAGCUUCGGCUCUACAGUCAUCAAACUCCCUCCUAAGAGAGUUGGACCUGAGUUUCAGUGACCUGAUGGAUUCAGGGGUGAAGAUACUCUCUACUGGACUGAAGAGUCCAUACUGUCAGCUGGAGAUACUGAGAUUAUCUCGGUGUAUGGUGACAAAGGAAGGCUGCUCUUAUCUGGCUUUUGCUCUCAGUUUAAACCCCUUCCACCUGAGAGAACUUGAUCUGAGCUACAAUGACCUGGGAGAUUCAGGAGUGAAGAUAUUCUCUGCACUGUUAGAAGAUCCAAAUUGCAAAUUGGAGAUACUAAGUGUGGAUCAGAAGGGGGGAUUCAAAAUUACAGAGGCACUACAAAAAUAUGCCUGUGAUCUCACACUUGAUCCAAAUACAGUGAACAGUUGUCUCAAUCUAUCAAAGGGGAACAGAAUCGUCAAGAUAAAUGUGAAAGAAAAUCGGUCACACACUGGAGAACCAGAAAGAUCAGAUCGCUAUCCUGAUCAUCCAGAGAGAUUUGAAUUGUGUCCUCAGGUUCUGUGUAGGGAAAGUCUGUCUGGACGCUGUUACUGGGAGGCUGCAUGGAGUGGGAAUAUGGUUUAUAUAGCAGUGACAUAUAAAAGAAUCUGCAGGAAAGGAUUGCAUCCUGAUACUAUAUUUGGACGCAAUGAACACUCCUGGAGUAUGAACUACUAUGAUGGCAAAUUCACUUUUCAUCACAAAACUGAGUGCAAUGAGAUAUCUGUGCCUUUAGAUCACUCAAAGAGAGCAGGAGUCUAUCUGGACUGGCCUGCCGGAGCUCUGUCUUUCUACAGUGUUUCUAACACACACAAACUCACACACUUACACACAUUCAAAAGCACAUUCACUGAACCCCUUUAUGCUGGAUUUGGUGUUUUUUCUGGCUUAGUGUCUUUAUGUAAGCCUGGACAGUCAUGCGAGGAACAACCAAGAUGUCCUAAAGAACCAAAACUGAGUGGAGAACAAUUUAAACUAUCUACUGAUUUUAAGAGAUAUAGGCGAGUAAAUACAGACAAUUUGAGCAAACAGUAACUUAUGACAUGAAUAUAAUUCUCAUUGCCCAUUUUACAAGAGAAAACAUUGUGAUAUAACAAUCUAUUUUUAAACUAGCAAUUCUUUGUUUCAAUAAUGGAGUCCAAGCCAGUUGUAUUGCAUUGCUGCUGGGCUCGCAUAUAUGUUAAUAUUUACAUAUGACUAUGUAGCCAAGUGGAGAAAAUUAACAAAAGUUAAUGUUAAGCAUAAAUGGGUUGUGGCUCCUUUAAGAAAUGGUGUUGCAACACUUGCUUUGCGGCGCUCCAGCAGGUAACACUUGUGUACCAAUCUCAGUAUGUUGGGAGCAGUGAACGCAACUAAUGCUCCGGGUUUUGCACCACUAUUCUGAAUUGGGCAAGGUAAAUGUACAUCUUUUUAUAGUAGUUGUGAACGAAUCUCAUUAAAUAUGUACGUGAGCAUAGUAUGCCAAUAAGAAAUGUUUCGUAGAUUGUCUUUACGGACGUUUAUUGAUUGCAUGUGCGAGGUGGAUCAGGCUUGACCACGUUUUGAACACGUGCAAGGACUGGGUAUGUACAAAUAAUGUUAAUGCAAUUUCAUUUAGUCGAUUUAAAGCCCAGUGUAUUUUCCAGUUUAACAUGAUUGAAAUAUGCAUGUUAAAAACCGUUAUGAGUGUUCCUAAAACAUUUAAUACCCUUAUAAAGUUGUUAGAAUGUACUAAAAAAUUCUUUCUUUACACUUAACAUGUAAUUUCAUGAAAACUGUGUAAUGGUAGGCUAAUUUAUUGUCGUCAUUUCAUUCAAAUAUUAGCCUCUACCGUAUUUCACUCUUAUUUUAUUUUACUACAUUUCAUUUCACUGUAAUUCAACUCAGAAAGGCUGAGUUUUCCUGUAAUUGAACCUUGAAAUUUUUGAUGGUGGUGAAUAUUCCUGGACUGUUUCUGGGAUUUUCGAAUUCACUGUUUGAUCUCUUGGUUUUUGUCAAACAACCACAACAGAGACAUAAGUCAUUUAAUCUUUUUAUUAAAACUUUUACAUUAUCUAAUUCUCCCAUCGAUCGCUGUCCUUCCCAGAGACAGCUGUCAGAAUAAAGCCCUCUGAAAGUGAUUUUUUUAUCCUGUGCUGCUUCCUUACAACUCACAGGCCACAACUAGAAGUGGUUAAAGUGGAAUUAAAUGGUUGCAUAAAAAUAAAGCAAAUAUAAUAAUAAUAAUAAUAAUAAAAAUAAAAAAGUUUAAAGGAGAAGUCCACUUCCAGAACAAAAAUUGACAGAUAAUGUACUCACCCCUUGUCAUCCAAGAUGU